AUGUCGCUGGAAUCAACGCAUCGCCCCUAUUCUCCAGGGGAGCAGGAGAAAGCCGAGUACUAUGACGGGUUGCGCAAUCAACCUAGGCUGAUUGCCCGGACAAGCGCCACUCUCUUUGUUCCCAAUAGUAGUCGCGAUACAUACUACUUCGACAAACAUUACAAGCAAAGGGAGCCAAUCACCUGUCACGAGAUAAUAACGAAAUACAGUCAAGCUUUUGCGGCGGGCAUCAUAUCUAUCUUGGGAGAUUACCCGUGGCAUCGCUUCUAUCUCAUUCGCAUAAAAGACGAGAUGGUCAUGGGAAGACCUGUUGUAUUCGUCAUCGAGACGCUCACAGACUCAGAGUCUUGGGAAGAAUCUAUCGAGGUUGCGCUAUCUUAUCGAAACGCCAUUCGUUCGAUGGGAAUAGCGGAUGUCGAGGUCGAGAUUCAGCAGGUGACUCAAGAACCAUUUGCUACCACCAAAGAACUAGACGCCUUCAUAGACACCGCCUCCAAAGCAGUCGCCUCCACGCCAUCCAUGGUGGGAGAGCACGACAGUCGAGUGCUCCUCUAG